AGACUUGCCAUACUCGUCUGUCGCCUUGACCGUGACUCUACCAGGUCAGAUAACCACAUCGCUGCAUUCUAUGUUCAUAGCAGAAAACCAGUCUCAAUUCUUAACUGCUCGACUAGCGAAGGUUCCUGGUCAUCAUUUGAUCCAUCAUUUGGUAAAUUUUAUCGCCACUGCGAAGCAUAUAUUACUCCUGUGGCAAGAUACCGUUAUCUGUCAUCGUAGGAGAUAUGAUCAUGAGGACGUAUGUGGUAGCGAACAAGAACCAUCGGGCACAGGUUCGGGCACGAGCCAGACGGACUUGCCGACCUACGCACGUCACAGCGGGUCACAGUCGGUAUCAGUGACACAUUUCUUUUCUCCACUGCGAGUGCCAUUGAGCAAUACAAGUUUAACACAUAUUUAGUAACAUCAUCAGUUGAGCGCCAAUGGACCAUGAAAAAUCAGGUGUAGUAAUCUCGGGAAUAGCAUCUUUUGAAGGAUACCCGGAUACUUAGUACUCAUCCCAUCAAGGAUUCUUCAGUCUUCUUGAUACCGCACCGUCUCUUGCUUAGGUCCUCGAUUGAUGACCAUAAACAUGGAUACGAAAAUCACUUUUUUCGAUAUACCGACAACUCUUCCCGGCUCUUUUCCAACGUCACCGAACACAUGGAAAGUGAGGCUCGUCUUAAACUAUAAGAGUUUGGCAUAUGAGACUCGCUGGGUCGAGACCGUCGACAUCGAGUCUAUCUGUAGAUCCCUUGGAAUACCCCCAACGACGAAGAAGCUCAAUGGCGAUCCAAAAUACACUCUUCCUGCGUUGAUAGACCAUACCCCAUCUCCUCCUGUCAUUCUCUCCGACUCUACCCCCAUCAUCGAAUAUCUAGAGAAGGCAUACCCCAACCCUGAUCCUUCUCGAGCGAUUAUCCCGCCCAAUUACGGCGCUCUUUUUGCCGCUUUCGAACACCACGUUGCUUCCACGAUCAUGGCUGAUAUUUACCCACUCGUGAUCAUGUCCAUGUACUCCACGAAAGGCCCGCGCGGCCAGGUUCAUUUUCGGAAACGACUUGAAGGUAUAUACGGCAAACCACUGGAGGAAAUUGAAGCAAAAGGCGAGGCGAGGGAAGUGCUGUGGAGAAAGAUCGAGGAUGUAUUUAACUUUUUUGCUGGAUGUAUCGAGAAGAAUGGAGGGGAAUAUUUCAUGGGAGACACGAUUACCCUGGCUGAUUUCAAGCUCUGCGGUUUGCUGAUCAUGUCUCGGUACGCUAGUCCCAAUGACGCUUGGGUAAAGAUAGGGAGCUGGAGCGAUGGGAGGUGGACAAGAUACUUGGCUAAUUUUGGGCCAUACACAUACAUUAAGACCCACUGAAUAGUUGUUAUCGUAGCCUAUCCGAUACCACGGUUGCACUGCUUUUAGCGGCAUCAAAGUGUUAU